AUGGCGUCCAUCAACGACUUGGCGACGGCGGCAAUCGCGAGCUCGUCGUCGCCAAAGUCGGCGGCCGAGGGGGCGCCGGCGGCAGCAGCAGCAGCGGCGGCGGCAUCCGGAACCAAGCGAGGCGCCUUCAUCGUGCUCGAGGGGCUGGACCGCAGCGGCAAGACGACGCAGGCCAAGCUGCUGGAGCAGCGGUUCGUCGAGGAGGGGAGGCCGGUCAAGCUCAUGCGGUUUCCGGAUAGGACGACGCCCAUCGGGGUCAUGAUUGAUGGCUAUCUCAAGAGCGAUGUCGAGAUGGAGGACCACGUCAUUCACCUGCUCUUUAGCGCCAACCGAUGGGAGGCGGCAAACCAGAUUCACACGCUGCUGGCCGCCGGCACCACCAUCGUUUGCGACCGCUUCUACCACUCGGGCAUCGUCUACUCGGCGGCCAAGCAGAACCCGACGCUGGGCGCGGCGUGGGCGCGGGCGCCGGAGCGGGGGCUGCCGCGGCCCGACAUGGUGCUGUUCCUGGACCUGGACGAGGAGCAGGCGCGGGCGCGCGGCGGCUGGGGCGGCGAGGUGUACGAGCGGGCCGAGACGCAGCGGCGCGUCAAGGAGCUGUUCUGGGCGUUGAGCCGGGGCGCGCGCCACGAGCGGCACGGCCUGCUGCUGGGGGAGGCGGCGACGGCGCCGGGCGGGGGGGGUGACGGCGGGUCGGCGCUGGCGUGGAAGCAGGAAGAGGAGGACUUGGUGGUUGUGGAUGCGGGCGCGAGCGUGGAGGAGGUUGCUGAGGAUGUCUGGGCGAGGGUCGAGGGGAGGGUCCGGCAGGUUGAGAGGGGGGAGGCGGGCAGGACGGUGAGGGUGGUGGUCUAA